UAUUUUAUUUCGAACGAAACAUAUUUCAAAAACUAUACAUACUUUUUCCUUGGUUUUAAAACAUCGAUGGUCAGCUUCGAUAACUAUCAGUGUUUUCCAUCCCUGCGGGCGGCAAAACGUGCACGAUUUUCCGUCCCUGGACAGUUUUUCGCGAAUUUCUCUCCCGCCGCCUACCAAAUUCUCGGCCCGCUGUUGAUUUUCUCCUGGUUUUAGAUUGUACACACAUAAAGCUGCAAAGAUGGAGCAAGCUAUGACAGAAAUUAUCAACGGUCUUCUGUGCACCGAGACUGACAAGAUUCGUGCGGCGACGGCCGCUUUGAUGAAGGCUUAUGAGACUCCAGAGAGUCUGCUUUGUCUGGUUCAUAUUGUGAACACUAACAAGGAGACCCAGAUACGCCACUAUGCAGCCGUGCUCCUGAAUAAGCGACUCUCCAAAUUGCGCCAGUGGUUGACGGUCCCUGCAGAGCACAAAGCCACCAUCAAGAGGGACAUGCUGCAGGCCCUCGUCACGGAAGAGGAGAAGAGUGUGCGGAACGCUGUCGCCCAGUUUGUGGCCACUUUGGUGAAGCAUGAGGCAGACAAGACGGGUUCUUGGAUGCCAGAGCUGCUCAACUAUAUCUUCGAACGCUGCAGCAGUGCUGAUCCCAAGGAGAGUGAGCGGGGCUCCUCGACCUAUGCCACGCUAACGGCCGCCGCACCCGAUCAGUUCAGCGUGCACAUGGAAACCAUCUGCCAGUUGUUCUCCAACGUGCUUCUGGCUGCAGAAACCCAGGGCGACCUGACAACACCCACAGUGACCAAUAUGAUAACGGGUACAAGCUAUUUGCUGCCUUUUAUCGCGGGUAAUACUGCCACCGAGCAAACGGUAGUCAAGGUCCUGCCGCUUGUCACCAAAGCGCUGCACGCGAUCGCCCUGAAGGGCAACGCCGAUCAGUUUCUAGCGGUCUUCGAUAUAUUCGAAAGCAUGGUCCAGUAUGUUCCCCAUCUGCUCACCAACGUGAAACUGAUGCUGGAGUUCUGCCUAAUGACCGCGAGCAACAGACAGAUAGAGGAUGGAAUUCGCGUUUCUGUGAUUGCGUUCCUCGGCAGUCUUGUGCACAUCAAAAAGAAGGCCAUCGUUAAGCAGAAGCUCCUGGAGCCCACUCUGUCUGUCAUCUUUGAGAUAAUGUGCACUGAGGCUGAUCCCGAUGACGAUGAGGACUACUUUGUAGACGAAAGCUCCAACCGCCCAAUGACGGCAGUUAUGCAGACCAUGGAUUUACUAGCUAUCCACAUGCCGCCGGAAAAGCUAAUUGCUCCUCUGCUGCAGCUGUUAGAGCCGGCCUUGCAAAAUCCGGAUCCGAAACGCAGAAGCGCCGCCUACCACUGCAUGGCCAUGAUAGCCGAGGGUUGUUCAGAGACCAUAAGCCAUAAGUAUUUAAAGGUUAUGCUUACUAUAAUUAAGGGCGGCAUCGCUGACAACGCGCCCGAGGUGCGUGUGGCCGCAUUUUUCGCCCUCGGCCAGUUUUCCGAGUACUUGCAGCCGGAAAUCUCCAAGUAUGCACCGCUGAUUUUGCCUGUGUUAUUUGACUAUCUACACCAGCUGGUAGUGGAACUCCGGGGUGGUCAGCCGGAGCCAAAGAGUGUCAAUCGGAUGUUCUAUGCUAUGGACACUUUUUGUGAGAAUCUGGGAGAGGACAUCGUUCCUCAUUUGCCCAUAUUGCUUGAACGCCUAUUCGAGUUACUGGAUCCCAAAAACUCAGCAAAGAUUCGUGAGUACGCUCUGUGCAGCGUGUCAAGUGCGUCCGAGGCAGCAAAGGAGCACGUAGCGCCAUACUUCCCAAGGAUUUUUGAGAUUCUUAAGACGUUUCUGCUGAAGGAUGUCCCGGAUGAGAUGGAACCGCUGCGACUCCAGGCCAUCGAUACGCUGGCUUCGAUUACUCGUGUCGUGGGUAAGGAACACUUUCUGCCGUUGGCCAACGACACGAAGAAUUACUGCCUGAUGAUGUUGGACGAGGGACCCAACGACCCGGACUUCCGUCGCGGCAUUUACAGUCUGAUCGGCGCUCUCUCUUACGUGGUGAACGAGAGCAUGGCCGAAGUUUUUCCUCAGGUCAUACCUCGACUCAUUCAAACUGUGAUUUCCACUGAGGAAGUCGAACUGUGUCUGCCGGACAAGCCGGAGAGGGAUUUAAUUCUGGAGGCGGCCAGCGCGGACGAAGAAAUCGAUCUGGAGAAUACGGACGACGAGGAUGAAGACGAACUGGACGGCUACCAGGUGGAAAAUGACUAUCUCGUUGAGAAAGAGGUGGCUAUAGGGACGCUUCGUGACUUUGCAGCCAACACUGGUGCCGCCUUCACCCCCUAUCUUCAGUCGGCUUUUGAGAACGUUUACAAGACGCUCGACCAUGCCUCCAACGACAUUCGCACAACAUCUGUCACUGCCCUCUGCGAGUUCGUAGCUGCUCUUAACAAGUCUGGUGAUACCGGCGGCGUAACUCGCGCUUGCGAGAUCUUGAUACCAAAGUUCUCUGCGAUGAUGCGUAACGACGAGGUUGAAGAGGUGCUCGUGCAUCUGCUCGAUGAAGUGGGUCAACUUUUCCGGAUCAACAAGCAGCUGGCCAUGCCGAACCAGGAGUGUGCCGAAAUGAUCUACGGCUGCAUCAGGGACUCUUUUCUGCACAAAAUGACCUGCCAGUUUAACGAUCAGAGCGGCGGCGGUGAAGACGAUGAUGAUGAGGAGGAAAGCGAGAAUGCAGAUAUGAUUUUGGAGAAUGCCGCCAAUCUGGUGGCUUCGUUUGGCUUCGCCCUUGACCCACAGACGUUCUCGCUGUACUUUGGCCGCCUAUUUCACUUCUUGACCCAAAAACUGGCCAAGGCAAAGAAGAAUGAUCAGGCGGAGCACAGGGCGUACAUCUACGGAACUCUGGCCGAUUCAUUCCAGAGCCUGGAAAGCUGUUCCGCCACAUAUUUCGACACUGUCUGCCCCUUGUUCCUGGCUGGGGCCAACGAUACCGAUGCCAAAUCGCGUCAGAACUCGUAUUACGCCCUCGGCGAGCUAGUAAUGCAUUCCGAAGAGAAGUCAUUCGAUUCGUAUCCGACGAUCCUGCAAACACUUUCCGAUGCGAUCGCUAGGGAGACGGCUCCCUCAGCCCUGGACAACAUUUGCGGAGCAGUGGCACGCCUGAUUUUGACAAAUAUUCAGGCUGUACCGCUGGCGGCCGUCUUGCCGGUGUUUCUGUCCCAUCUGCCACUGCGCGAGGAUUUUGAAGAGUACGACGCUGUGCUGAAGACGUUCCAAAUGCUUUACACCCAGGCCAAUCCCAGCAUUGUCGAUCAUAUCGAGCAAAUGGUGUACGUCAUUCUCCAGGCUCUGCAGCAAAAGCAUAUAACCGAUCAGGAUAUCAUCACUAACGCAAUCGAAUUCGUCAAGCUGAUUCGCGCCCACCAUCCGGACAAGUUUAACAAUGUUGCCAACUCGAACCCAGAGAUGUGCCAGUUUGUGCAGACCCUUUAAGCGAUGACACCACCGGCCUGUAGAAUUUUCCACGCAGACAGCCACAGCAACCAUACAACUCACACAAUUAUAAUUUGGUUAAUGAAGUCACAACCCUUUCCCGCCGCUUCGCCAUGGGAUGGAUCAUAUAGCAUUAAGCUCGCCGCCCAGAAGUGUCUUUCAAAUUGAGCGUUACAUUGUUUUCUAUGAGGCCCGUUAAAAUGCGGAAAUGUUUUUUAAUUUGUAACUUAUGCCCUGAAAUAAAUAAAGAAUA